AUGUCCUGCCCAUCGUCCCCCGACACGCCUUUCAACACGACCUUUAGCCCUCCUCUUCCCGCCAUGCCUGGAAUGCCUGGACCUCUGCAGCCUCCCAAGUCGCCCGCUCUCAAGGCCGCCGAAGCCGCCGCUCGCGAGAACGGCCUCGGCCUCAGCACCCUCAGCCCACCCAUUACGCCUGCGCCUCUCGCCCCGCCCCUCCUCCCGCGUAUGGCGACGCCGAGCCGCGCCCCCUCUCCUCUCCCAAGCCGCGCGGGGAGCCCGUACCCGAGCCGCGCGCCGAGCCCCGGUCCCCGUACCCUCGCACCUCCACCGAUCGAGGACUCGACAUUCUACGACGGCGACUUUGAACUCAUCUCUGCCGACAACGUCCGCUUCCGCGUGCAAGCGUAUCACCUCUUUUCGGCGAGUACCGGUCUCCGGGCGGCAGCAGAGUGGGACGACUCGGGCCGUGCCCGCCAUUUCAACUUUGACGACAACGAGCUCGAGGCCGCCCUCGUCAUCCGCGCUUUCUUGCGCGUCAUCACAACCGGUACAGUGGCAACGACCCCCGACGGCAGCGGAACGCCCUCGGUAUCGGCGCUGCGCCGCCUCAUCCUCUUCCUGCGCAAGUGGGACUGCCCCGUUGCUCUUCAGCUCGUGCUCUUCAAGGUCAAGGAACUGCUUAACCAGGGCAUCAGUGUGCCAAUGUACACUUUCAUCCUCGGUGCUACGGCCGACGAUAUUGAGACGUGCUCUCUCGCGCUCAAGCAUGUGGGCCAGAGCUGGAACGGAGCGGGAUACACCGAUGUUCGCAAUGAGGGGACGCCGGGUGCGUCGACUAUUGAUCCGACGCACCUUCCCUACACGCUUUGGAGCUGGGUGCCGAGCGAGUACAUGUGGGCUCUGAGUCGGGCGUGGGGACGUAACCUCAAGGAUGGGACGCGGCUGCCCGACGAGUUCAAGCGGGCGCUGGCUGUCAUCAAGGGUGGCCACAGUCGCAUCAAGAUCAGAUGUGUUCUAUUGUCAGUGUAG